AUGGAAGAGGUGGGCAGAGUUCUGUUAGAUUUGCUCGUCUUAGAAUUGAAAAGAGACAUGCAUAUGUUAAAAAAGUUAGCAAUAGAGCUAUCCGAAGAUGUUUUGAAAGAUGUGAAAUUCUCAAAGGAGAAGAAAUUACUUCUGCAGUUUCUGUAUGAAAUAAAUAUGGAUACUGGCAAGCUGGUUUUUGUCAGUGAUAGUAGUAGUGAAGGAACUCAGUUUGUGGAGGGAUUUGGAGGAAUUGGCGGUAUUUUAAGAUAUAGAAUGGAAAUGGUAGAUUUUGACGAGGAGGAGGGAGAGCUUAGCUCAUUUUCUGAUGAUGAAGAUAUUUUCUGA